AUUCGCAAACAAAAUUAUAAUUAAAUAAAAUAAUAAAAAACUUGAAACAAUUUUGUUCAAAAUUCUAUAUAAGGAAUAACAUUUGGUUCGAUCAUUUUUGUUUUAGGUAAAACAUUCGAUCGAUCGAACGAACGUAAAAAAUGAUUCCAUCAUUGACAUUGUUGCUAAUGGUAACAAUAUCGAUUGUAUCAACAUCAGGAUUACAUCAUCGAAUAAAAAAAAGAUCAUCAUCGUUAUCGGUGGAUGAAUUUUGUCAACAAACAACAUUUGAUAAUAUGUUUGUAUUCGAUAGAAUACAAUAUUAUCAUCAUAUUGAUCGAUUUUGGUAUUCAGUAUAUGAUGAGGUUCUUAACAAAUAUUAUGAUGAUGAUGAUGAUGACCAUAGAAAAGAUGAUGAUGAUGACAAUACUGAUGAUGAUUAUGAAUAUUUUAAUCAUUCAUCACCAUUACUAGAUUCACGUAUACAACAAUUAUAUUAUGGAAGUUUAGGACGAUCAAUAUUUCAUUCGCAAGCUAAUUUUUAUACGAAAGGUUUCAGUGGAUUUAUGUUUUUUGAAAAUAUGGGAAAAAUAUUUUUACAUGGUGAAUUUGUUCUAAUGAGCCGAUCAUUAGUUAAUGGAAAAUUUGUCUUUAUUAUUGGCCAUAAAGAUUUAAAAACUGGUCAUUAUCAUGUUGAUUAUCGAUCGAUUGAUCAAAACGCAAACAAUAACAAUAAUAAUGAUACAAUGAAAACACAGCCAAAAAAUUUGGUAAUUUUAAUUGAAUGGAUAUUACCGAAUACAAAAUUGGCUACAGAUUUAACAAUGUAUUUAGAUUGUCAAACAAAAUUAUUAUUUUCUAUAAUGCAUACUUCAAAAGAAUAUUCAACCCAACCUUCGGCAGCAUACAUUAUUGAAAAAUAUGAUUUAAAUUUACCAACAAUCAAUGAAAUUAUUAAUAGUAAAAAAAUUAUAAUGGGUUUCUUUGAUACCAAAAUAAUUAUCGGUAAUUUUUAUGAAAUGGAAUUGAAUAAAAUGCAAUCAAAAGUUCUUGCAAUAGAAAACAAUCAUAUAAUUGGUGUGCAUUCAUUACGAUCUGAUGAUAUGGUUGGAUUAAGGAAUAAAUACAAAAAAAUGAGCGAUGUGAUGGCAUUUGUUUUCAAUUGUGGCCAAAAACAUGAUCAUAUAAUGAUUGAUAAAUCCAAAUUAUCAUCAUCGAUUUCAUCAACCGAAUUGAAUCGUUAUUCCUAUUAUAUUAAUUUUUUUCUUGGUGCUUUAAAUUUUACAUUAUUAUCAACAGCUUGUAUGAUACCAUAUUUUGGUCGAACAAGGCGAAAAAAACAAAAACAACAACGACCACGGCUAAUUCGUUAUUCAAUGUAAAAAAAAAUCUAAUUAACUAUUUCAAAAUAAAAUUUUCAAUUUUCCA